CCUUCAAUUGAGAUUUGAGCACACUAAACCAACUCAAGUUACUGUUGCGGGGUGAAAAUAUUUUUCACACGUUUUCACUCAAGGAGGUCUGUCUAGAUGUCCAGUCAGCUGAACUGGAGAGGUUCGACAUGGAAACAUCUAGUAACUUUUGGUUUUCUGUGGAAAAUUCUGAUGAAUAAUCAACGUGGAUGAUAAAACGGUAGAAGAGAAUGGGCUGAGCUUGUGCUGUGAGAGAUAAAAGACAAGAAACUUUUUGUACAAAUGGUAAAUAAAGUCUCCAUAAUUGUUUAUUGCUGCAAAAUGACAAAAAUAAUUGACGAAGCUCCAUCGAUUUAGACAAAUACAGUCCUGGAGGAAGCUCCAGUAAUGAGGAGGCAUGGGCAAUGAUGGAAUUCAGAUAUUCAUCACCACUUUGGCCUAUAUCUCUUAGCUAAUCGUAUUUGUUCAGAAGCUGCCCUGGCCGGUCGCCUUCUCUAAAACCCAAAGGAUUUCAGCUAGCUCCCAUUGGAUAUAAUGGCAGGUGAAGCAGUAAAUGUGAAGGAGUUCCAAGAAUUGGCAAGGGAAGCCCUUCCAAAAAUGCACUAUGAUUUUUAUGCUGGUGGAGCCGAGGAUGAGUACACUUUAAAAGAGAACGUGAAAGCAUUUAGUAGAAUCACGAUCCUGCCCAGAAUUCUUGUGGAUGUAAGCAGAAUAGAUUUGUCAACUUCCGUAUUGGGGUACAAUAUCUCGGCGCCCAUUAUGAUUGCUCCAACUGCCUUGCAUAAGCUGGCACACCCAGAAGGAGAGGUUGCCACAGCCAGAGCAGCAGCUGCAUGUAAAACCGUAAUGGUUCUAUCCUUCACGUCUUCCUGCACUGUAGAGGAGGUUGCUUCCAGCUGCAAUGCUGUUCGAUUCUUUCAAUUAUAUGUAUACAAGAGGCGAGAUAUAGCAGCUGUUUUGGUGCAGAGAGCUGAAAAAAAUGGAUACAAGGCUCUUGUCCUAACUGCUGACAGGCCCAGACUUGGUCGAAAGGAGGCCGACAUAAGAAACAAAAUGGUUGCACCUCGAUUGAAGACUCUUGAGAAUCUCUUAUCAAUUGGAGCUGCAUUUGAUAAUGGUUCAAACUUAGAAGCUUAUGCUAAGGAGAUAAUGGACGCUUCCUUGAGUUGGAAGGACAUAGAAUGGUUAAGAUCAAUUACAAACAUGCCAAUUCUUAUCAAGGGAAUACUUACUCGUGAAGAUGCAAUAAAGGCUGCAGAAGUAGGUGUUGCUGGGAUUAUUGUCUCCAAUCAUGGAGCUCGUCAGCUUGAUUAUACUCCUGCUACUAUUACUGUCCUGGAAGAGGUUGGGCAAUCCAUCAAGUUGAUGUUAGCAAUGCGUUUCUACAUGGUCUUCUUCAAGAAACUGUUUAUAUGGUUCAGCCACCCGGUUUUCAGCAUCCAUCUUAUCCCACGGCAGUUUGCAAGCUGCACAAAGCCUUAAACAAGCCCCACGUGCAUGGUUUUCGCGCCUCAGUGCUAAACUUCUUGACCUCAAAUUCCAAAGCUCCAAGGUUGACUCUUCAUUGUUUACUUACAAAGCAAAUGGUAUUAUCAUUUUUGUGCUUAUCUAUGUUGACGAUAUCAUCAUCACCAGUUCCAACACAGCAGCUAUUUCUCAACUUAUAAGUGCUCUACACUCCUCCUUUGCUCUCAAAGACCUAGGACCUCUACAUUACUUCUUGGGAGUUGAAGCUACUUGGCAUGAGGAUGGUUUACAUCUUUCUCAACAGCGCUACAUUCAUGAUCUCCUCACCAAGACAAAUAUGCUUCUUGUCAAGCCUGUCUCUACUCCAAUGUCCGCCUCUACAACUCUUAGUCGAUUUGAUG